UGGAUCGGGCCGCGUUCUGUUAGGUAGACUGGAUCGGGCCGCGUUCUGUUAGGUAGACUGGAUCGGGCAGCGUUCUGUUGUCCUCCUUUCCUGACCUGCUUUCACCCAACACAUCCCUCUAUGGCUGAUUAUUCAAACUAACAGUUUGUAAUCAUUAAUUCAAUACCAGAUGUUGAAUAAUCCAUGAGUAGAUACGCUAAACUUCCAAUUUCCUGCCACUGAACAGCUUGUCAUUGUCAUAGAUGACCUAGACUGAGGUAGCCGACUCUGGUGCUAUAAAUACCCAGUUUGGAUUCCCUGGGUGGUGUUCGGCAUCAAACGGUAGAAAACUGACUGAAACGGGGAGAGACGACUAGAACUCGGCUCCAAUAAGACACAUUCAUUUUCUGUUUCAAAAUGUUUUGCUACGGUGUGCCCUAAUAAAUAUGACCCUAAUGAUUUGGUCCCUGGUCUUGAUGCACGUUACCUCUGGCCCUGUCUGUUGAUUGGAUUGGACCAUUUAUAAAGGACAUGUCCAGACAGUACACAUGUUGUUUUCAGCAUUGUUCUCUCCCCACAGCAAGAAGGGCUGGCUGCCCAGUUCAGCCACAUGAGUGUGGUGCGCCAGGCGUCCAGCGACGUCACUAACGGCGGCCCCCACCCUGCCAUGUACCCCUCGGGCCCUGUGGUGCUCCAGGCCCCCCUGCAGCACCAGCAGACUGGCUACAUGGUGGCCCCUCCAGGGCCCCCUGUGGUGGGGCCAACCCAGGCCUACCCCGGCCCUGCCCACCCUAUGAGCCAGCCGGUCAUGCAGCAGCAGCAGGGCUACAUGCCACAGCAGAUGCACACAUGUUACUGUGCUCCAGCCCAGGACCCCCACUCCCACUGCAACCAGCACUAUCGCCCUGUCAGCCCCGUGCACUACACCAGCCCCCAGACCCAACCUCUUCCCCAGCAGCCAGGUUACCACGCUGUGAUGCCAAAUCAGCCCCAAGGCCCUCAGCAUCAGAACCUGGUGAACAACCAGCAGCACAGCAAUCUGGGAAAUCACAUGACGGCCUUCAUGGUCCAGUACCCUUCAAUGCCUUCUUAUCAGGUAUCAAUGCCCCAGGGUCUCAGAACAUGCCUCCACAUCAGCAGGCAUGUCAACAGCCCAUGAUGAUCCAGAGCCAUCCAAGCCAAGCUCCCAUGGCCAUGUCAGGCAUGCAGGUUUACUACAGUGUCAUGC